AUGGGACGGCCGGCGAAAUACGAUUGGGAGGAUAAGAAGGACAUCUGCUAUCAGCUGUCCGUUGUGGAGCGAAAGACACCACGAGAGAUAGCCACAUAUUUCGCCAACCACUUCAAUGUGCCCGAAAGCGAGAUCCCAGCACCACGCAUCUUUCGCCGCCAAUUUUCCACCAAGUGGAACUUUCCCAGACGUGGACACCGUCUCAAGCCCGAAGACGAGCCAGUCGUGAUCGAUCGCAUUCGUGAGCUGUGGGAGCAGAACAAUGGCGUCAAGGAGAUUCUCGAAGUACUGCUAGACGAAGGAUGGGACAUUGGUGAGCCAGAGUUCCAACGACUACGCCGCCGUAAUGGCUUCCAUCGCCGAAGCACCUUCGGCUCGUUCGAGAACCAGGAAUCCGUCGCCAAGACCAGGAAGCGGAAGGCACGAGAGCAGCCUGAUACGGAAGCUGCGGAGGAUGGAGCCAGAGAGCCCGAGUCGACCGUAGCAGACGCUCAAGCGGCGACACAACAGCCAAGUCUGCCACCAGAAGAGCUCGCCCGUCGUGAAGAGCAUCUCGCAAAAGUGCAAUUCGAGUCUGACCAAGCUCUGCUCACGCGCAAACGCCGCCGACGAAUUCGCGGCUAUGGACACCUACCCGCUGACGACCCAGGCAUGGCACCACGCUACGAUUCUGAGACGACGUUAGACGAAUGUAAAGCUUACCUCCACCUUAGCAACGAAAUGUACCAGACCAUGCGCGACGACUACGAAGUAAUCUGCAACGAGAUGAACAUCGAGCGCAAGAAGACCAGCAUGGAGUCCGGAGCCUGGCAAGCAUCAAAAGACCGAUUGGUAGUGGAGAACAUGCACUUGAGUGCUAUGAUGCAUCCACUCCAACCCAAUCUGGAUGCUAAAGCGAAUGCAGUAGAUGUCAUCUGCGGCGACGUCACAAAACGCAUGCGUGAUAGAGGGAAAAGGAUCACAAUGGCCGAAGCCAACAACCUCCUAGGCCUAAAUCCCGCAGCAAGCAAAACCAUCCGCCGCUCCUUCUACGACAUCCUCCAACAAGACCAAUACACCACUCGUCUAGCCUGCGGCCUAGAACGCUGGACCGAGCUCCGGGAACGCUGGUUCGCCACGUCCCCUGUCCUGCAGCAGGUGGUGGCGGAGGGUGAGCACCAGAAGAUGCGCGCGAUGGAGACGUUGUGUAGAGAUGCCGUGAAGCGCAGGAAUGACGAUAGGUUGCGCGAGAAUCCGGAGCAGAGGCAGUAUCAUCGGAAGCAUUAUGGGCCUGGUCCGGGAAGUGUGAGGGGCACAAGGUGGGCGGAUAGGACGAAGCUUGCUGAGAUUGCGGCUGCGAAGGCGGCUACUAAUCUUGGUGCCAGCGGGCCAGAAGGAGGUGCGGCAGAAGGAGAGGCGGUAGAAGGAGAGGCGGCAGAAGGAGGGGUGGCAGAAGCGAGUACGGCGUCAGCGCAGCAGAAAAUACCCGCGAGACGUGCCAACCAAGCGGCCGCACCGGUAGCCACGCCCAUUGAUCCGGCACUAUCCGCUCCCACAGCUGCGGUACCACCAUCACCUCUUCCUACUCAGACCCCGGAACAAUUGUCAAUCCCAGCCUACUUCCGCCUCUCCCCCACCUCGUCCCUCUCAGCCAACCAUCCCAAUCUCUGGCUAGCCAAACUCAGCGCCCGAAACAUGUCCGCCUUCCAUACAGCCGCUCUUAGCAAAGCCGGCGCGGCGGCACAAGUCCUGAGCGUGCAUGGGGUUGUGAAGAAUGCCGAUGGGAGUGAGGAUGAGUAUCCGAUUGAGGGGAAUGAGGAGUUGGAUGUUUAUCUUACUGCGGCGUAUCCGGCUGGGACGUUUGUUGUUGUGCUUGUGGGGGCUUAA